GCCCCAGGCAAGCGCAUAUAUUUUCAGUCCAGUUCGCUAGUCAGAGCAGUUUACCGUUGGCCUCCCCGCAUCACCUCGCAUCACCUCACGUGCUAGUCAGAGCUAUUCUACAUAUCCAUUGGAGUUCCUCGCAUCACCUCACACAUCCCAUCUCGUCACAAUGGCCAGAGCCGCGCUUCUCGCGCUCUCCCUCGCUCUCCUGGUCGUCUUCGGCAGCGCAGGCAGCCCCAUCACCAGCAGCACCGCGAAUGAGAAGCCCGACCUGAGCAGCAAGAAGGACGAUGGGCUCAUGACCGACAUCCCCAAGGACAUCGCGAAGCUGGCUGCGACGGGCGACGCGGCCGGUGUGACAUACGUUGAUACGGCGCAGGAUACUUUCUUCAUGGCUGACGUCAAGAAAGCUGGCUGGAACGCGCAGAAGUGCCCCCCCGGCCUGAACAAGGAACUUGCAGGUGCGUGCACCCCUAAGAACUGCUCCAAGGGUGGCAUCGCUGCCAAGUGGAAAACCGCGUAUCUCCAAAAGAACAAGCUCGGUUACGAGCUCUACGUGCCGGGUAACCCGCUGACUCUGCUCAAGGCGAACCCCGCGUCUUGCUGCAACACCUGCGCCGCGACGCCGCUCUGCACGUACUGGCAGUACAUCCCCGAUAUCACCAUCGACGGCAAGAAGGGCAAGGGCGCGUGCUACCUCAUCCACGACCAAAUCGACUUCACCCAUCCCAAAAUUCCAGGAUCAGAAAUACGGAGUAGGUAUACAGUAGGUAUGGCAUAGGUACGUCUGCUACGGAGUAGCCUUGCUAUACGAACAACUAUACCUACAAUAUAGGAGAGGUCCACAUUUUUGUGAUGCCUGCGGAGAGAUGACCGCGCAGUACAGUACCGAGACGAAGCCCGUGCCGCUGCAGGUGCGCAUCGGCGGAGAGUGCAACCCCGCGGCGAAGAUUCUCAAUGACCCUCAUCUGGUGGGCGCGCACGGCACGCACUUCGACUUCAACGGCCGCCCCGACAAGGCCUUCUGCCUGCUCACGGACCGUAACCUGCACGUGAACAUGCUGCUCAGGGGAUACUAUGACGAGAGCACCGAUAACGCCGCGGUCGUCGUCGACGGCAAGGCCGUGCACACCUGGAUCAAGGAGCUCGGCCUUAUCUGGACCGCCAAGGGCGUGGACCACAAGGUCCACCUGGCCGCGCGCAGCGGCAAGCAGCAGGAGCGCGGCGACGGGUUCAUGAAGAUCAUCGAGAUCGACGGCGAGGAGAUCCCGCGCAUGCAGGUCGGCGACUCGGUCACGAGCGACGGCGGCCUGACCAUCCAGUUCCGCGGGCUCGAGAAGGAGGGACCGUACGAUGUGGACUAUUAUCUCCUCUCCAUCGACGGGCUUAUCUCCCUGGACCUGCGUCUCCGCGUGGCUAACCCCAAGCUGCAGACCCCGACCGAAGCCGAGGCGCACAUCAAUGUCGGGAUUGCCGAGCUGGAGCACACGGAUGAGAUCCACGGAGUUCUGGGACAGACCUACCGGGAGGACCACGCCGCGCGCGCGGUCGAUUUCCAACACCUGGUUGCGACCCUGCACCACCCCGUGUCCGCUGAUGGUGCCGAGGGUGCUGGGUUUCUUGACGGGACCCCCAGGUCCUACGAGGCCAGUGACGUGCUUGCUGUGGACUGCGCGUAUACCGCGUAUGCCCGCGCCAGGCAGGUGAUGCCCGUGCAGCAGAUGCCAUAGAGCGCUGCGUAGUGAAGAUGUUUUACUCAUGGCUGCUUUAGAGCAGCAUCUGUUGUAUUUCAUACUUUACCAUUAGGUUGCUCACGCUAAACCAGACGAUGGUUGAUUGAUUGCGGU